AUUACGUUUUGUGCAAAUAUGAAUGAGCGCAUGGUAUGCGUUUUUAUGUUUAUAGUUAAAUUAUGCAUUGUAUUGGAUUACAAUCAACAAGGUAUACGGUAUCUUAACAGAUUAUGUCCUCUGCUAACAGCUUGUUUUAUCAGCAGCGAUAAUUUGUUUCACAUUUACUGAUCACAAACUGUAUUACUUAAACAUUUACCUGUCUCGUGGUGAGAACCACUAAACCAUCGUUGAGAAGCAAAGUCGACCAAGCUAUUUCUCGUCUCUUCACACACAGUGACACGAAGCCGCGAAAAGCAAACAAAUUCAAGUGUUUCGAAAUCCUGGUGUAGAAAUCUGCAUAGAAUAAAUAUUAUUACACAACCAAGUUAUUACAAGAGGAAAGAUUUACACAGCUGGCAGAUUAUUUCUUUGCGGUUUGAGACACAAGCAACGAUGGCAAUAUCACGUAAACUUUGUCGGCUCUUGGUCAUUACAACUUUAACUGGAAUGGUUUUCUCGUUGUGCCCGUACGAGUGCAUGUGUCGAGACGAACCAACACAUUGUCCUGUAGCUGUCAGUCUUGUAACAGACGGUUGCAAUUGCUGCAAAGUUUGUGCCAAACAGACGGGAGAAGAGUGCAACGACCAGGAGAAGGUUUGCGAUCCGCAUCGGGAUCUCUUCUGUGAUUAUUCCGGGAGCAGGAGCGGAGAUUGGGGAGUCUGUAGAGCGAGGUCGGGUCGUCCUUGCAUGAACAACGGUGUACGAUUAAGCAGUGGCGCAAUGUACGAGCCCUCGUGUAAGUUUAGGUGCUGGUGCAUGGACGGGAACGAAGGCUGCCAACCACUCUGCCCACACGAAACACAUAUCCCCAAAUUUGACAUUUGUCCAAACGCGAGGCUACAGCCGGUGUCUGGCGAAUGCUGCGACCGCUGGAUGUGCGACAGCUCCUCAGGGGAGGAAUUCAUGCUCCCGAUGGAGAGGUUCUGGACUGACUUUGUGGAGGAAAAAUCAGGAGGUUCCAGCUCCCAGUGUCCCGGAGACCGGUAAUGGAGUGAUGAUGGGAUCAUUUAUGAGGAUGAUGUUGGAGAAACGAUAGACGAACUGAUGGACGAGCAGUUUCCACAGAGCAUGGUGUAUGAACCUGCCAUUGAACCAGAAGCGAACUGGAUCGAUAACAAUGCAAUACCAGGGGACGUGGACGCUGCUCGUCGAGAACAACGCAGCAGGACAAGAGGCCAUUCUUCUUGUGAUGUACACACUUCUGCCUGGAGCCCGUGCUCGAAAUCGUGUGGCCUUGGCGUUUCCGUACGCGUGUCCAACGAUAACCCCCGGUGUCAGCUCGGCAGGGACAUGAGACUGUGCCAACUGAGGCCAUGCCAAGGAAACCGCUACGGUCCAAAGAAGGGCCGACACUGCAUGCGUCAAAAACGUGCCCGUAAGCGAGAGACACUGACGUACGCCGGCUGUACAAGUGUGAGAAAGUCAAGACCACGAUACUGCGGUGGAUGCCAUGGACCUUCAAGGUGUUGCACUCCAAAAUCCACACGCACCAUCUCAGUUCAAUUUCAAUGCACGGACGGCAGUUUAUUCUCAAAAAAGAUGAUGGUGAUCCGUAGUUGCUCCUGUCAUUCCAACUGCUCGCCCAACGUUGUUCAUAGAGAGGUGUUCCAGUAUGCAUUACACAACGACAUGCAUCAAGCCACCGCCCGAUAAGAGAUGAACGAUGGACUAAGCGUUCCUUCAUUGCCGUGUCCAGCGCGCGCCCUUCGCACCCUUUUCAAGUCACUCUCAGCACCCAAAACCCCAAACACAUUUUAACUGUUUCAAAACCAAAUUCGUGUCCUGUUUUCAAUAUAAAAAUCGCUGCUUGUUUCGCUUGCCGGUGGGUGUCACUAGAGAGUUUUCACUGUGACUUUCAAAACAGGAAACACUUCGCUGCGUUACCACGGACGGUCCAAGUUAUGUACAUAGUAUUUUCUACACAAAGUUUUCUAUUUUUUCGUAAGCCAUUUCCAUCGUACUUUGCUUCCGUAACUGCCUUGCGCUGAACGAACUAUUUAUUUAUUCGCUUACGACCGUCGGGUUUUAUAACACAUUUGGUUUCUACUAAUCAAUACAACACACCAAAGCAGAAUGGUGCCAGCGAAAAGUGAAGCGAAAACUGCAAAUUUAAAAACAAAAAAAUAAACUGUUAUGACAAUUCCGCGUUUCUAUUAUAACAAAAGUUUCGGAAAAAUCACAUGUGGAAAUUAAUAAGAACAUAAAAAAAAAACAAUUUUAUUUUAUUUAUGCCGCUUACGAAUACUCCUUUGCUUUUACUGAUUUUAAUAAACAAAGAUUAAAAUUUCUUGUGUUUGUACGUACAUUUUAACACGGCGGUAACAUGUAUGGUCAGGCUAUAUGUAAUAAAAGUGUUUAUAGAAAAGGCGGCACUUAUAAUGUGUGAGCGUGUGUGUGGUAUACAAUAAGUUCAUAUACAUAUAUUAAUUAGUCUGUUAAGAUAUACGAGACAUAAGCGUUCUGAUGCGGUAACAUAAGGAGUUUUGCCGCUGAUGAAUUUCUGCUUCGGAAAUUAGUCUGUGUUGGAAAUGAAAUCGUCUGCACCUGGUAUUUGUAAGAAGCUAUCACUGACUAUGCUUAUUCUAUAAUUGGCAACGUUAGCAGGGCAC